AUGGCGUGUGCAGGGAGGUGUGUGUUGGUGUGUGUGUGGUGUGUGUUCCCGGUGGGGGGGUACGGCCCCAAGCAGCGUGCCCAGAGGAGCGGUGACAUCAUGCUGGGGGGACUCUUCCCCAUCCACCUCGGCGUUGAGUCCCACGACCAGGACCUGGCAGCACGACCCGAGGCGACCGAGUGUGUCAGGUUCAAUUUCCGUGGUUUCCGAUGGCUCCAAGCGAUGGUUUUUGCAGUGGACCAGAUCAACAACAGCACUGACCUCCUUCCUAAUGUCACUCUUGGCUACCGUAUCCAUGAUACCUGCAACACCGUCUCCAAGGCCCUAGAGGCCACGUUGAGUUUUGUGGCACAGAACAAGAUCGACUCGUUAAGCCUCGAUGAGUUCUGUAACUGUUCUGGAAAGGUUCCAUCUACAAUCGCAGUUGUUGGCGCCACGGGGUCAAGUGUCUCUACCUCAGUGGCAAACCUCCUGGGAUUGUUCUACAUCCCACAGAUCUCUUACGGCUCGUCCAGUCGUCUCCUUAGCAACCGGCAGCAGUUCCAGUCGUUCAUGCGCACCAUCCCCUCAGAUGAACAGCAGGCUGUUGCCAUGGCCGCGGUCAUCGACCACUUUGGCUGGAACUGGGUGAUUGCUGUGGCGUCCGAUGAUGACUACGGGAGACCUGCUGUGGAGAAGUUUGAGAACGAGAUGCUAGAGAGAGACAUAUGCAUCGACCUGAACGAGCUCAUAUCGCAGUAUGCCACUGAGGCCGAGGUCCAGGCACUGGCAGAUCGUAUACAGAACUCGUCUGCUCGCGUCAUCGCCGCCUUUGCCACAGCGCCAGACCUGGAGCCCCUGGUGCGCGAGCUGGCACGGCGGAACCUGACAGGGCGCGUGUGGCUGGCCAGCGAGGCCUGGGCCACCUCCUCGCUCAUCGCCCGGCCCGACUACCUGGAUGUGAUGGUGGGCACGCUGGGCUUCGCCCUCAGGGCCGGACCCAUACCAGGCUUCCGGGACUUUCUGCGGCAGAUUCGUCCUGGUCCAAGCUUAGUCCAUAACGAGUUUGUCCGGGAGUUCUGGGAGGAGACCUUUAACUGCUACCUGGACGAUCAGGACGGCGCCACCCGGAGGGAGAGAAAGCAGGAGGGGAGCGAUGUGGAUGGUGAGGAUGAGGGCGCUAGCCUUCGUCCCCGUUGCUCUGGAGAUGAGGAUGUGUCCAGCGUGGAGACUCCAUACCUGGACUACACACACCUGCGAAUAUCCUACAAUGUCUACGUGGCUGUGUAUGCCAUCGCCCAUGCACUGCAGGAGAUUCUGACAUGCAAACCGGGGAAGGGGCUGUUUGCCAACAACUCCUGCGCUGACAUACGGAGGGUGGAGGCAUGGCAGGUCCUGAAGCAGCUUCGUCAUCUUCGCUUUCAUGACAGCUUGGGAGAACUUGUCAGCUUUAAUGAAGGGGCAGAGCUCCAUGGCAACUAUACAAUUAUGAACUGGCAUCGGUCACCUAGUGACAACUCAGUGGAGUUCCAUGAGGUCGGUUUCCAUGUCAGCGCCAACGGGAGAGGAGAAGGAAAGCUGCACAUCGACCGCACAAAGAUCAUCUGGACUGGACAGAUGACAGAGGUGCCAUUCUCCAACUGCAGUGAUGACUGCGACCCGGGCACCCGGAAGGGCAUCAUCGACGGGAUGCCGACCUGCUGCUUUGAGUGCACAGAGUGUUCCGAUGGCGAGUACAGUGAUCACAAAGAUGCGAGUAUUUGCACCAAGUGUCCCAGUGAUUCCUGGUCACAUGGGAACCACACCAGCUGCUUCCGAAAGGAGAUCCACUUCCUGUCGUGGGAGGAGCCUUUUGGGGUAACCCUGGCCAUCCUGGCAUCCUUGGGCGUUAUGGCAACGGCUUUCGUCCUGGCAUUAUUCAUCAAGUUCAGGGACACGCCCAUCGUCAAAGCGGCCAAUCGAGAGCUUUCGUACCUGUUGCUGAUCUCUCUAAUUUGCUGCUUCCUAAGCUCUCUGAUCUUCAUCGGCAAACCAAAAGACUGGACCUGCCGUCUGCGCCAACCAGCCUUUGGCGUCAGCUUCGUCCUGUGUAUCUCCUGCAUCCUGGUCAAGACCAACAGGGUGCUGCUGGUCUUUGAAGCCAAGAUCCCCACCAGCGUCCAUCGCAAGUGGUGGGGUCUCAACCUACAGUUCUUGCUGGUCUUCCUCUUCACUUUCGUUCAGGUGGCCAUCUGUGUGGUGUGGUUGUACAACGCCCCCCCGGCCAGCUAUGAAAACCAUGAACUGGACGAUGAGGUCAUUGUGGUGACCUGCCAUGAGGGGUCAGCCAUGGCUCUUGGCCUUCUGAUUGGUUACACCUGUCUGCUGGCUGCCGCCUGCUUCCUGUUUGCUUUCAAGUCGCGAAAGCUUCCGGAGAACUUCACGGAAGCGAAGUGCAUCACAUUCAGCAUGCUCAUCUUUUUCAUCGUGUGGGGCUCGUUUGUGCCGGCAUACGUCAGCACCCACGGGAAGUACGUGUCAGCGGUGGAGGUGAUCGCUAUCCUGGCCUCCAGUUUCAGCAUGCUGGCCUGCCUGUUCUUCAACAAAGUCUACAUCCUGCUCUUCAAGCCGUCACGGAACACAGUGGAGGAGGUUCGGUGCAGCACGGCGGCACACGCCUUCAAAGCAGCUGCUAGGGCAACGCUGCGCCACGGCUCCAACGCCUCACGCAAGCGCUCUUCGUCACCCUCUCUCUCCUCGUCCUCGUCCUCGAAGCCUGAGCUGGAGGGUGGCUCGCUGGACAGAGGGCAGGUCCCCAGAGUUAGCUUUGAGCGGGUGUCCAUGUCCACGAUUGACAGGAAGAGUCCAAAGGAGGGCUCCAAACCCUGA